AUGGACCCUCCCAAGAUCCGACAGACCCUUUCCGACGACGUUCUCAUUGGCAAGCCUUGGUCCCGAGCUCGCUUGUGGAACAGGGAGCCUCUUGAUGACUUCUACGCGGAGGCGCUGGAGAAGUAUGGCACUGACGACGCGAUUAGCGAGGAGCAGGAGAAGAAGCUGAGGAGGAAGAUUGACUACACCAUCCUUCCUGUUCUAGCUGUCUGCUAUGCCUUCUACUACAUCGACAAAACAACGCUGUCGUACGCAGCCAUCUUCGGCAUCAAGGACGACCUUCACCUUGAGGGAACGGAGUACAGCUGGCUCUCUUCCAUCUUCUACUUUGGUUGGCUUAUCUGGGCCCUGCCCACGAAUAUGCUCAUGCUCAAGUCGCCACCCGCAAAGUACCUAGCUAUCAAUAUCUUCCUCUGGGGCGCCUUGCUCAUGGCGCAAGCCGGGGUGACGAACUUCGCUGGCCUAGCAGCCCUGCGCAUACUAUCUGGGGCAGCGGAGGCUAUCGCGGAUCCAGCGUUCAUGCUGAUCACGGUAUCGAGUUACACGCGCGCAGAGCAGCCUUCUCGUAUAUCGACGUGGUACGCAGCGAAUGGUCUUGGAGUCGCUGGGGGUGGGAUGCUGGGGUAUGGUAUCGGUCAUAUCAAGGGCCGGCUCGCUAGCUGGAGAUACGAAUUCCUCAUUGUCGGCGCGCUCUGCUGCGCCUGGGGCAUCGUCAUCUACUUCGUCCUGCCUGACUCGCCCGUCACCUCGCAGUGGCUAACCAGGGAGGAGCGCCUAAUGGCGGUCGCACGCUUGCGCAAGAACCAGACAGGCAUCGAUAACAAGCAAUUCAAGUGGUACCAGGCGAAGGAGGCCUUCCUCAAGGAUCCGAAGACAUACCUCUUCUUCUUCCUCGGCGUCGUGGGGAACAUUCCAAAUGGCGGCAUUAGCAACUUCAGCACUCUGAUCCUGAACGGCCUUGGGUUCGAUGUCCUCGAGACGUCGCUGCUAGGUAUCCCCCAAGGCGCGCUUGUUUGCAUCUAUAUCGGUCUUGGUGCCUACCUCAACGACCGGCUACCCAAGAACAGCCGCACGCUCGUCUGCAUGCUCUUCAUGCUCCCCACCAUCGGCGGAACGCUUGGCUUCCUUCUCGCCCCCCAGAACGCGAACGUUGGCCGCCUCAUCUGCUACUACCUCACGGGCUCGUAUCAGGCGUCCUUCGUGCUCGGCGUCAGCCUGAUCACGAGCAAUGUCGCCGGGCAGACGAAAAAACAAAUCGCGAGCGCGAUGAUCUGGUUGGGGGCGUGUGUGGGGAAUAUCGGAGGCCCUUUCUUCUACCGUUCGCAGGACGCGCCAGAGUACCGCCUCGGCAUCGGCUCCAUGCUCGUCUGCAACUGCCUCGAAGUCCUCAUCUUCAUCGUCUUCCGCCUCUAUUUCAUAGCCGAGAACCGGCGGCGUGACAGGCUGCAAGCCAAGACGACCGCCGAGGAGGUCGCCGAGAACACGGAGUCGAAGGUAGCGAAGACGAUCGCGGAGUCCAAGGCUGUCGUGGAGAUGACGGAGGAGGUCGACGGGGCGCGUGGGGCGAAUGUGGACAUCAAUGCCACGGCCUUCGCGGAUUUGACGGAUUUCGAGAACUUGAAGUGA